AUUGGAUGGUGGGCGUAAUAGUGACUUUUAGUGUAUUAGUGUCUUAGCUUCUGUUCUUCGCAAAUCGCAGUGUCCUCUGAAAGUUGGGAAAUUUUGGUCCUUUGGAUGCUUGCACAAUAACUAAUCAAGAUAAGCUUAGAUGGAAGCAGAGAGUCAAGUGAGGGAAGUGAAAUAUGCUGCUGAUAUUUCGUCUAUUAAAGAAGCUCAAGCACGCAUCAAGCCAUUCAUACAUGAAACUCCAGUCCUGUCCUCUGAAACUUUGAAUCUUAUUGCAGGAAGACAGCUGUUUUUCAAAUGUGAAUGUUUCCAAAAGGGUGGCGCUUUCAAAUUUAGAGGCGCUUGCAAUGCUGUGUUUUCACUUGAUGAUGAUCAGGCUGCUAAAGGGGUUGUGACACACAGCAGUGGUAACCAUGCUGCAGCAUUGUCUUUGGCUGCAAAACUACGGGGUAUUCCUGCAUAUAUAGUUAUACCGAAAAAUGCCCCAAAAUGCAAAGUUGAGAAUGUCAUGCGUUACGGUGGUCAGGUAAUCUGGAGUGAACCAACAAUGCAGUCAAGGGAAAGUACUGCAGCCAAGGUACUGCAAGAAACUGGCGCAGUUCUUCUACAUCCCUACAAUGAUGAGCGGAUAAUAAGUGGCCAGGGUACCAUUUCGUUGGAGCUACUGGAGCAACAAGUUCCACAGUUAGACACUAUAAUCGUUCCCAUAAGUGGAGGUGGCUUGAUAUCAGGUGUGGCUUUGGCUGCCAAGUAUAUCAAUCCUGCCAUUCGAGUUUUAGCUGCUGAACCAAAAGGAGCUAACGAUGCAGCUCAAUCUAAAGAAGCUGGAAGGAUAAUAACAUUGCCUGAGACCAACACUGUAGCAGAUGGGCUUCGAGCUUUUCUGGGAGAUCUAACCUGGCCAGUAGUAAGAGAUCUUGUCGACGGCGUAAUAACUGUAGAGGACAAGGAGAUAAUAAACGCAAUGAAACUCUGUUAUGAGAUUCUGAAGGUUGCAGUAGAACCUAGCGGAGCAAUAGGCCUCGCAGCUGUUUUAUCUGAUAGUUUCAAGAACAAUACUGCUUGGAAGGAUUGCACCAAUAUAGGAAUUGUUCUUUCUGGAGGUAAUGUGGAUCUAGGCAUCCUAUGGGAUUCAUACACUAAAUAACUUGCUAUUUUCUUUUGGAAUUCUCUUCCCCUGAAUACUAAUACUUUCUUCUAGUAUUAUGUAUACUAUGUAUUAUGU